AUGUCAUCCAUGUGGCUUUCAAGUGCAUCAACCAUUGACAUUUCUCAUCUGGUGGUUUCAACUUCAUAUCAACUAAACGAAACCCUUUCGAAUAAUUCCACAAAUUCAACAAUAUGCCAUCCCAUUCUCUUUCAAUUGGGCAACUUUUCCCGCGAAUCCACUCCACAAGAACUCUACGGACUUUGCCCCGACGCUCUCACCACUCCAAUCUUUAGUUCAAUUUUAUUAUUUCUAAUCAUUCUCAUGUCCAUGGCCAGCAUUUUAGGAAUCAUUGCCUACAGACACAGUGGACACAUCAAAGCCAGAGGUGCAACCACCAUUUCCCUCUCAGUUUGUGUCCAUCUGGUGUUCGUGUCCAUUUUCUUCCUUCGUCUAAUGAUCGAUCGAAAGACAUUUCCGUGUGCAAUUUAUACAUUGCUCUAUUUUUUAUUACCGGCAGCUGUUACAUUACCCAUGAUAUUGAGGUGCAUUCGUCUCUAUUCAAUGUACAAAUUGAAUUUAAUCAAGACGAGGAUAUUUGAUGUGGAUGGAGUGGAUUCGGUGAAUGGUGGAGGUGGACGAAAGAAAACUAAUGAAAUGGUGAAGAAGGAAGAAAUUGUGAGUUCAGUAGUGGAAAUUGUGGAAGAAUCGAACCAUGUGGAAAUGAAGAAUUUUGAGAAUCGUCAACAUUCGGUUCAUUUUGAAAAAGUGUUGAGUGAAUCGACAAUUAAUCAAGAAACACCUUCUUCAUUGAAUACCACCUCAAUAACUCAUAACAGUUCAUCCAAUGUCGAUUCUCUAAAUAAUUCAGGAAUAGACGAAACUCUCAAGCAACAGGAAAAUAAUUUACAAAUCUUGUCAGAGGUGAAGGGAACUCAAUCGACUUUUGACGUGAAUGAAAAUAUUCACACCAAUGAUGAAUCAACAGUGACUGACGAUGAGGACAUUACCAACACUUUCACAUUGAAUACUUCACGGUCAACUUGGAAUCUUUCAGACAUUAAUUCAAAGGAAGUUCAAUCACAAGCCAGAAAGCUCAAUAUUUUGACAUUUAUUUCAUCGUACAAGUUUAUGGUAAUUUGCUAUGCCUGUUUGCUGAUUUUACAAUUUUUGCUAUGGCUUGGUUUGGGAGGAAUUGAGGAGAUUAUUUUUACAGUUUCUCCUCCUGCAGAUAAUUCAAGAAUUUUCCUAUUGGAAGGAGGAAUGUUACUCUUCUCUCAUGGAUGCAGUAUCAGUACCAAGUUUGUCAUUAUAUUUGGAGUGAUUACUGUCAUUUACUUUAUUAUUGAGAUUGGUGCAUUCAUUUUGUGUCUGUUUGCUGAUAGAGAUACUUGGAAUAUUAAGAAGGAAACUGUCAUUUUGCUAAUUUUUCAAGUAAUAUGUCUACUCUUGUUUGUCAUUACGGGAAAUAUUGACAUUAUUGUGAUAUUGACAGAUUAUUUUAUUCCAUACGGAUAUACCUUAAUGAUCUAUUCCUAUAUUGAAAUUCUGAUUUAUUCCCUUAUUCCAAUAAUGAGAUCCAUGUAUGAAAAUUACAAAAAGAAACGUCAGGUAAAAUUCAUGCAACAGGAGGCCUCAGAAUUGAGCAAAUCAACAAGUUCCUACCAUUUGAAACCUGUCCCAUUGUCAGAUGUCGAACGAGUUCUUAUGAAUAAGAGAACAUUUAACAUUGUUUUGGAUUUUGGAAGAAGAUCCUAUUGUGUGGAAUCAGUUCUUGCAUGGAGAGACAUCCAGAGGUAUCAAAAAUCGAGAAGACAUAGAAAGAAAAUUGCCCAACACAUUAUUAGUACCUAUUUAACAAUUGGAUCUCCUUUCGAAUUGAAUAUUUCGAAUAUUGAAAAGAAACGAUUGGAAUACUCAACUAUUAUUGAGGAAUCUAAGAAAUUGGAAAGUUCUUUAUUUGAUUCUUUAGAAUCACAUUGUCUGUCAGAUAUGACAGAUUUAUUCGAUCGGUUGAGAUCAUCAAAUGCUGAAAUUGAUACCCUAGUCAAGUCAUUUAAAAACUAA